AUGCCUCUUCUUGGGACUGUCAUUGUGACUGGCGGAGGUGGGUUUCUGGGCCCCCAUGUCGUUGAGGCUUUGGCUGCUGAAUUCGAAUUUUCUCGGGUCGUCGCAACAUACCAUCAAUCCAGACCACAGCAGCACUCGAAUCCAGGGACUGCUUAUCACAUAUGUGAUCUCACAGAUCGCGAGCAGGUGGCGAUACUACUCAGAAUAGUCGAUCCGGAUGUUAUUGUCCAUACCAUCAUGCCAGGGUCUUUUACUCCUGACAAUGUUCAGUAUCGGGUGAAUUACCAAUCCACUUAGUACAUCCUUGAACUUGGAAGGCAACAUCCCAGAAUACAAGCAAUGGCCCUGCUGAGGCUGUUGGUCUUGCUUCAGGCUUCAACUCGAAGCCGGAGACGGAAGACGAAGCGAUUCUAUGCACUUUUGAAACCGGAACAAACGCGUAUCAGCUGGCACCAAAGGGGCCGCCGAUGCCCUCGUUCUCGCAUCUAAUGUUCGCGAAAGGACGACCACGGGAAAUUUCAAGGGCCAUCUUCGCACUACUGUGCUCAGGUUUCCUGGAAUUUAUGGACCCCGAGAUCCCAUGA